CCUGAAUAAAGCCCAAGCUUCAAUGAGGAGGGUGUUCCGCACCAACACCUCCCGUGUUUUUGGCAGGACUGGAAGGCAGCGGGGUCGUGCCUCCAGCCGCUUCUGGCCAUCUAGCCACCGAGGAUGCCGUCCACCUGCCUUCUUCCCCAGCUACCACUCUGGAUUCUUCAACUCACAGAGGUCGUACCGUGACAGAGGGAACUGGACAAGCGGUAGAGGCAGAAUGCCCGCAGGUGAGACAUGUUACACCUCAUGUUCCCCCCAGUCUGUUGCAUGCCGGCAGGUUACGUUUUUGUCUCGACAGGUGGCGGGACAUCACUUCGGAUGCUUGGAUACUCCAAACCAUCCGAGGUUACGUUAUAGACUUCCAUUCAACCCCGAUUCAGGAGAGGGUCCCCUCGCCUCCAGUAUCGUCAAAGGCACUGCAAGUCCUGAUAGACACCGAAAUACUAGCUCUGUUCGACAAAGGGGCAGUGCAGUGGGUGCCGGAUGCCAGGGGUUUCUUCAGCUCGAUUUUCCUAGUCAGGAAAAAGACAGGGGACUUCCGACCGGUCAUAAAUCUGAGGAACCUAAACGCCUUUGUUUCCUACCAACACUUCAAGAUGGAGGGCAUUCAUCUUUUAAGAGACCUACUUCACCCAGGAGAUUGGUUCACUCGUCUAGACCUGAAGGACGCAUACCUCUCCGUACCGGUGGAACCCGUUGCCGACGUUUCUUACGGUUCAUCUGGAAAGGGAGACCAUGCCAAUUCACAUGUCUCCCCUUCGGCCUCAGCUCGGCUCCCUGGUGUUUCACCAAACCAAUAACAGCAUGCCUGCGCUCAAAGGGCAUUCGGUGCUUGAUCUACCUGGACGAUCUGCUUCUCUUCUGCGAGGACUCCUCCAGACUGAAAUCUCAGACGCACUUCGCGGUCUCCUUGUUCGAAUCCCUGGGGUUUGUGGUCAACCGAGAGAAGUCGGCCCUCACACCAACGCAGGUGGUUCAAUUUUUGGGGUUCGAGAUAGAUGCGACCCAGUGCAUUCUACGACUCCCUCAGGCAAAGAUCUCAGCAAUUCGGAAAGAGAUCCGACGGAUUCUCCGUCAAGAGACGAUUCCUCUCAGGGUCCUGGCACGGGUGGUAGGCCUGUUUUCCGCUUCGAUCCAGGCCAUUUACCCAGGCCCCAUUCACUACAGGGCCAUGCAACGCCUGUAGGCACGUUUCCUCCGCAGGAAACCCUCAUACGACCAGCUGAUCACCAUCACACAGGAAGUCAAGACAGAACUUCGUUGGUGGCUGUUACAUAUGUCAGCCUGGAACGGCAAGGCGAUUUUCGGUCUGACCCCGGACUUUGUCCUGGAAUCGGAUGCAAGCCUAUGGGGCUGGGGAGCGACCUGCGCGACUGCCUCCACGGGAGGACCUUGGUCAAGCACGGAAACAGGUUACCACAUCAACUGUCUAGAGAUGAUUGCGGGCUCGUUCGCGAUACGGAGCCUGGCGGGUCAUCUGUCGGAUUGCUGCAUCCUGCUGAGAAUGGACAACGUGUCAGCAGUACAGCAUAUCAACCGCCUGGGAGGAGCGCGCUCUACACUCUACAAGCGGAAUAUCUCCCAGGUGUGGCGAACCUGACGGCAGACUGGUUCUCCAGACACUGGAGGGAUGCCAGCGAUUGGCGUCUUCACUGACCAAUUUUUCUCGAAGUGGCACGACGGAGAGGCCCAUUCUCGGUGGAUCUGUUCGCUUCCAGGACGAACCUCCAGAUUUCGAAGUACUUUAGCUGGCUCCCGGAUCCGAUUUGCGCGGCAGUGAAUGCCUUUCUUCAGGAUUGGCCGGCACAGGGAGCCUAUGCAUUUCCACCAUUCACUAUGAUCUCCAGAAUUCUUAACGGACGGACAUCGCUGGUGUUACUGACGCCCCUUUGGCAGGGCCAAGCUUGGUUCCCAGAACUACUGGAACUGUCAUACUGAGACCCGCUCCUUCUCCCGUCCCCGCAAUUUCUUCUGUUGGAUUCUCAGGGCAACCAUCACCCCCUCGUGCUGGAGGGCCAUCUUCACUUGGUGGCUUGGACUCUUUCAGGGGUACCUGGAAUGUCGAGGAAUUAUCGGGAAUGGCUAGAAACCUCCUCUGGGACUCAUGGGCCACGGGAACGAGGAGAUGUUAUCUGUCCGCAUGGAGCAUAUGGUGUCGCUAGUGCAUGGAACGGAGUACCGAUCCCUUUACAGCACCUGUAUCCAGUGUACUGAAUUUCCUUUCCUACCUUUUCGACCAAGGGAGAUCAUAUCGCUCAGUCAACGUUGCCAGAUCGGCCAUUUCAGUGGCGCAUGUUCCUCUUCAGGGGACACCCAUUGGUCAAGACCCUUUGGUUUGUAGACUGUUACGAGGAAUCAGACUGUCACGCCCACCGACUCCUAAAUAUACAUCACUCUGGGAUGUACACAGAGUUUUGGACUUCAUUCAAGCGUGGCCGGAGAAUCAGGACCUUUCUCUACGACGGUUAUCGGCCAAGUUCACACUUUUGUUAUGCCUGGUAUCGUUUCGUCGGGUCUCCGAUGUUCGGGCUUUUGAUGUUAACGCAUUCACUUUUUCCCCGGAUGGAGUGACCUUUACGGUGUCGAGACGUACCAAAUCCGACUCCUCUACCAUUUUCUACCCCUUUUUUCGAGAGGCGCCGAAGCUCUGUGUGGUUUCUGCUCUGUGUAGUUAUGUGGCGGUUACUAACCCUCUUCGAAGUUCCCUAUCAAGACAACUGUUGAUAUCGUACGUACGACCACAUAAACCGGUAUCUACCAUUACCCUGGCUCGUUGGAUCAAAUGGCUCUUGUCGUUGGCUGGCGUGGAAUCCUCCUUUGGCGCUCAUUCAGUAAGAGGCGCGGCGGCAUCAGGAGCCCUGGUAGCAGGUGCUUCCCUGGCCGAUAUUCUACGUUCAGCAGACUGGUCUCGAGAAGACACAUUUCGUCAGUUUUAUUUCAGACCUUCAGAACAUGCAGCCUUUGCCCUACUGGCUGAGCGUUGAAACUGCAAAUAUGAAGCCUCCUGUCAGGUUAUAAAAUUGUAGAUUACGCUAGCUUUAGUGUACCUAUAAUCUUAAUUUUAUUAAUGACAGGAGAAUAUUUCCCACCCUUUGUUUUCCCGACCCUUGUGUGUUGUAUUAUCUGUCAGACCUAUAUUAAAGAAUUACAAUUCUGAUCAGUGUUUGUUGUGGUUAUUUCCUUUAUACAUUCUCAAUUUCUGCCUGGGUCAGGGACUGUUCGCUAUAAUUUUACUCUGGGUGGCUGCAUGUUUUUACACAUACCUUUCAUCAACUAAUCAAGAUUUUCGAUUUCUGUUUAUUUCAUUUCAGUGUAAAAGUCCCAGGAUGGACUCACACACAAGUUUCGACUCGGUUGAAGUUUCCUAGGAGAGUCGUUGGUUUCUAUCAAGAGAUGGACCCCCUUUUGUUAUUGUUAUGUUAUGUUAUUUUUCCUCGACUGUGUGUUGUUGUCGCAGCUUGAAAGAGGAAAUGGAAUGUUGGGAAGAGAUUUAUAUUGGGUCUCCUUACUGUUUUCUGAUUGGUUGUUUACUCUCUAGUGUUUUUUGCUGCUGUGGAGUUCAAGUAAAGAGAGACUUAAGCAAAUAUUCGCCUCCUGUCAGUAGCAUAAUCUACAAUUAGGCAGCAACAUGCAAAGUCAAACUUAGUACUGCCCACAGGGUUUUACAGAACAACCAAUAACACACGUACAUUACACACAUACACUCCCACACAACAUCCUCCCCUCUGCCUGUGAUAUGAUUACUGAACACAAUGGUUAAUCUAAUUAUCACAGGCAGAGAAAUACAGUAUUAUAAAACAUAUUACAGGGACCCCAAAACAUGCAAUAACCCCAUAAAAUAUCAUCGGAACCGGGGGAUCUGGGUGAACCACAUAUCCAAAAUUCACCCAGAUCCGUUCAGUAGUUUGGAAGAUGCAGUUUAAUGCAGAUUCCGCAGAACAUAUACAGGCUAUAUGAAAAAUAAUAACUGUAUAAUGUGUCCCCUGUUGUAUGGUUUAAAACUAUUGAACGAUGUCUUCGUGCACCAAAUACUGGCGAGAUGGCACCAUGUAGAAAAGUCCAAACAGUGUCUGUUAGUUAAAAUGGCCGCCAUCCAUUGUUCUCACCAUGUGCCUCUGAUACAUGAAAUGAUGGCCACCCAGUAACUCCACAGUAUGUACCCAGAUGGUUCUUAAAGGGCCAGUAGCAGCAUAAUAAAAUACAAUAUGCCCAAAUACUGUAUUUAAAGGGCCAAAUCUCCCAGGGCCAUCGUCAGCAGGCAGGAGGCGGGCAAACAGGCUUCUCCAAUGCCCAGUGGCGAAGUUGGUUUCGCCACAGAAGGAAUUGGGAAUUUUAAUAAACAAAUUAGGCGGCAAUAUGCAAUGUCAAUCUGCAGUUGCUAAGGCCAGCAAGGUUUUGUCAUGUAUAAAUAGCGGCAUAAAUUCUCGGGAUGAAAAUAUAAUUUUGCCUCUUUAUAAAUCGCUGCUAAGACCACACCUUGAAUAUGCUGUGCAAUUUUGGGCACCUGUUCUAAAGAAGUCACAGUGUGAUGGACCUGGCACCCCGAUGCUCCUAGUGCUCACUGAGGUCACCAAGCACUCCACCCGACACAAUCAGCACCGUAGCCCCCACGUCCAGCGUUACAGCUUGGCUGGGAACUUGCCGUCCUCCACCCACCCUGGACCCAAGACCAGGAUUCAGCUUCCAGUGGGUGAACCUCUCCUACUCCGGAGAGCGUAGCAGCAACAGCUCUUAAAAGAGCUAGCGAUUAUAAUCCCAGGGGAGUAUAGUGAUAUAGUAAUCCCCAGGGUAGAUACAGCCUUUUCCCCCACACAUGAGGUGAGACUCUAUGUUGAGGGUAAAACAGGAAUGCAAUUUUAAUGGAGGCACACUGGCCUUGUAUGCAAGUUUCCCAACAAGGGUGACACUCAGGUGGACCUUGUUGGGCAUAGGGACACAAAGUUAACAAACAGAGUUAUACAGUGAAACACUCCCAUACAGUGUACACAAUCCCUCCCUUCAUUCUGGGAGAUAAUUAUGGCAGAUAAUGUAUUAACUUAAUUAUCCCUAGGCAGAAAAAAACACAUAUUUUUAUAAAGUCUCAUAAGUACCCCAAAACACAGCAUAUCCCCAUAUAUCACAUCCCCUGAUCUGGGUGAAGAACAUAUCCAAAAAUCACCCAGAUCAGAGUAAGGGUUCAGGAAUUCCCUGGAAAUCUCUUUUUGAUUGACUACACGCAUGGUUUCAUGCCCAAAAUAGUUCCAGAGAAUUAGGCUGUGCGGUCGGUCUUUUUCAAAUGGCGCUGUUAGUGCACAGAGUCAGUGAGUGUAUCCAGUACGGUAGAUUACUUCUACAGAACGACGCUCCAUUUGUGCAAUUCUAGUCUAACCUAACUUAAUUCCUUAAUUCUCUUGAUCUCCAGCAGUUGUCAGCUGAUAUUGAUUCACGACUGCUGUCCAUCCCUUCCCUCUCCUGUCCUUCACUGGCCAUCUCCACGUAUAACUCUACCCUCACAUCUGCCUUGAACGCUGCAUCACCGCUCCAAACAAACACCUCGAGGAGGACCUGCCCCCAACCAUGGCAUACUAAAUCAACUACCUGCAAAGAUGCUCCCGAUGUGCUGAACGCUCCUGGAGGAAGUCUCGCACCCAGUCAGAAUUUCUCCAUUAUAGAUUCAUAUUGUGUUCAUACAGUGCAGCUGUUGCCCUUGCCAAACAGUCCUACUUUUCCUCUCUCAUUAGUUCAUGCUCCCGCAAUCCUAGGCGUCUCUUUGACACCUUUAAUUCUCUUCUUCGCCCUGCUGUGGCCAACCCCCAAAUUAACCUUACUGCUGAUAACUUUGCAUGUUACUUUACUGACCAGAUUGAACAGCUAAGGAAAGAAUUCUCUCCUCCUUGACAUUCUGUUUCUCAACCACACAUAGAUCUUUCCUACCCUUCAGACAUUCUCCCUAGCUACUGACCAAGAGGUGGCUGCUCUUCUCUGUUCCUUUUGCCCCACCAUUUGCCCACUCGAUCCUGUCCCAUCUCACCUUGUUAGAUCUCUCUCCACUUGUCUCAUGCCUUCCUUAACACACAUCUUCAACUGCUCUCUCUCUUCUGGCCUUGUCCCUGCUGACCUUAAACAUGCCACUGUAAAAAAAAAAAAAUCCCUCGACCCGUCCACCCCCUCUAACUAUCGUCCCAUAUCCCUGCUCCCUUUUUCCUCAAAGCUACUGGAAAGACUUGUCUUUACCCGUGUGUCUCAUUUCCUCAAUUCCAACUCUCUCCUUGACCCCCUUCAAUCUGGUUUCCGCCCUCUCCACUCUACUGAGACUGCGCUUAUCAAAGUUACUAACGACCUAAUCGCAGCUAAAUCCAAAGGGUACUACUCCAUACUAAUUCUUCUUGACCUCUCAGCGGCCUUUGACACCGUUGAUCAUGCUCUCCUUCUUCAAACUCUUUAAUCACUUGGUCUCUGUGACUCUGUCCUCUUGUGUUUUUUCCUCUCAUCUCUCCCAACGCUCAUUCAGUGUCUCUUUUUCUAAUGAUACCUCCUCUCCUCGUCCUGUCUCGGUUGGAGUCCCCCAAGGCUCUGUCCUUGGUCCCCUCCUAUUUUCUCUUUAUACUGCCUCUCUUGGCAAACUUAUUACCUCUUUUGGAUUCCACUACCACCUGUACGCUGAUGACACCCUUGGACCUCUUCCCUGCCUUCCUGCAACGUGUCACUGCUUGCCUUUCUUCCAUCACUGACUGGAUGUCCUCCCGCUUUCUGAAACUCAAUCUCUCUAAAACUGAGCUCCUUGUCUUUCUUCCUCCUAAUACUGAUCCUCCUCUUUCGCUCUCCCUUCAAGUUUGUGGUACCCACAUCAGUCCAUCCUUGCAAGCGUGCUGUCUUGGCGUCAUACUUGAUUCUGGCCUCACCUUUGAGCCUCACAUCCAGCAUGUUGCCAAAUCCUGUAGAUUCCAUCUUAAAAACAUAGCCUGCAUCUGCCCCUUUCUGACACCAGAUACUACCAAGGAGCUUGUCCAUGCUCUAGUAAUUUCCCGCAUGGAUUAUUGUAACCCUCUCCUGAUUGGUCUUCCCAAAAGCCGUACUGCACCACUACAGUCCGUAAUGAACGCUGCUGCCAGACUGAUUUUCCUCUCUAGUCGUUUCUCUCACACCUCACCCCUCUGCCAGUCCUUACAUUGGCUUCCUGUAUGCUAUAGGAGUCAAUUCAAGGUACUAAUUCACACCUAUAAAGCACUGAACAACUCUAGCCCCUCUUAUAUCUCCUCUCAGAUCCAUAGGUGUGUCCUUGCUCGGUCUCUCCACUCUGCCCGUGACCACUCACACUUGCAGGACUUCUCGCGGGCGGCUCCCUUCCUAUGGAAUAGCCUGCCUACCACCAUCAGACUCUCCCCUAGUCUUGCAUCUUUUAAGAAGUGCCUUAAAACCCAUCUCUUAUGGCCUCCAACACUAACCUCUACCUCACAUACCUGUCUCUUGCUCUCUCCUAAAGGGCAGCCCACCUUAUUCGACUGCAAAUUCCUCUCCUAAUGUGUUUUACACCCCACCUCCUAUAGAAUGUAAGCUCGAUUGAGCAGGGUGCUCUUCAACCUAUUUUUCCCAUAAGUUUAUUUGUAGUUGUCUUAUUUAUAGUUAAAUCCCCUCUCAUAAUAUUGUAAAGCGCUACGGAAUCUGUUGGCGCUAUAUAAAUGGCGAUAAUAAUAACUGGAGAUAGAAGUCCCAGCGGUGUUCGUGCCACCAAGUGUCAGAUUCUAAUUCCAUGCGCUCGACGACAAAACACCGCUGGACGCGUCUGACUAAACAAGAUGGCCGCCGCCACCUGUUCGACUACACGAAUGGCGACCACCCAGCCGUUCGUCAAUUAAGCUUCGGUUAACCACACCUUCUGGGAGAUUAACGAGCAGCACACUCCACUUGACGGUGGUCCGGCUGUUCAACAGUUCGAAGUCCCGCUUCGAAAGUUCGAAGUAACAUUGUCCAAAGUCCCAAUGGACACAAAUAGUAUUUUUAACCCAAAGUUCACCACAGGGCAUGAGGUUGACAAACAGGCCCCUCCAAAAACCAGUGGCGAGGUCACUUUCACCACAUACAGUAAGAGCAAUAAGGAUCUGGAAUUCUCUGCCUGAAGAGGUACAGAUGUUAAAACUGCAAUUGGAUAAAUACUUGCAAAAACAUAACAUACAGGGAUAUAAUUGCUAAUUAGUGGGGUCGUAGCUACUUGAUCCAAGGAGACAUCUGACUGCUAUUUUGGGGUCAAGAAGGAAUUUUUUUCUAGUUUGGAAAUUGGAAGUGCUUCAGACUAGGUUUUUUGCCUUCUUUUGGGUCAACAGCAAAAACAUAUGUGAGGAAGGCUGAACUUGAUGGACGCAAGUCUCUUUUCAGCUAUGUAACGUGUGUGUAUGUGUGUGUGUUCUCCAAGAAAAGUACACUCACAGGACUCUGUAGAUGAUUUUCCAAUCUUUUAUUGUGCAAUAUAGAUACACCACAUGCGUGUCAACGUUUCAGUCCUCUGUGAUAGGGAAAUUAUUUACAGAGUCCUGUGAGUGCACUUUUCUUGGAUUUUGUACAUUUUGGCUGAAGUAAGCACCCAGGCAAGCACAAGACCAUAAUAGAGAGUGCCAGAACCACGUGGAUUAUUAUUUUAUUUUUUUGUAUAUAUAUAUCACAAUGCACUUAGAAUUAAAAUUAUUUUUAUAUAUAUUUAAUUUUCUACAUGUAUAUUUAUGUAUGAUUUGUUACAUAAUUAUAUUACCUUAUUAAUUAUAUAUUGGGGGCCCUGCCUGAUAAUCCAGGCAGAAAGUUCAGAGAAUUUAAUUCGCAAGCCACAGCAACAUAGGCCCAGAAAAUUUCAAGGAAUGAAGACUGAAAUGAUCAUGCCCUAAUUUGACCCAGUAACUUACCAAAACCCCAUAAACCUGUAAAUGUUGUGGGUACUGUUGUACUCAUGAGACAUCGCUAAACACAAAUAGAACUGUUUUACAGCAGUAACUUUUAAUGACAAUAUCAACACUAAAUUUGGACAGGAUUUGUGACUAAGUGGCUACUAAAAAUAAACUCCAUUUUGAAUUGCCUAUGUUUUCUACUUUUGCAAAUGGUAGGCAAUGAUGGGGGUAGUUUUAAUUACUGGUCUCAAAGGCGACAUAGGCCCAGCAAACCAACCUGGCAAAUUUCAAUGUGUAAAAACUGAAAUGGCCUAGCCCUAUAUUUUACCCUGUAACUUUCCAAAACCCUAUAAACCCUGUACAUGCGGUGCACUGUUGUACUCGUGAGAUAUCGCUGAACACAGAUAUGGGUAUUUUUUUUGCAGUAAAAGCUUACGGUAUUAUGGCAUUCACAGUUAAAAUGAAAUGCAGAACAUCAUUUUUAAUUUUUCACCUUUACUUUUAUUAAAUUUACAUUGUUUCAUAUAUAAAUAUUUUAUGUGAAAUUAAAGUACUAUUUUUCCUGAACAAAACGAUCUAUAAUAAGUGUGGGUGCACUUAAAAUGAAAGAGGUAAAUUAUGGUUGAACAGACAUAUAGUUCAAAACCCAGGUUUUGUUUUGGUUCAGAAUUUGUACAAUUGCCUUCAUCCUUAAACGAACACUCCAGUAAACAAAACAACUUCAUCUAAAUUAAGUUGUUAUGGUGUCAGGAGGCACUCUUACCGUAAGCUGAAUUUUCAUGUCUGCAAGAUUGAUAUAUCUCAUAUUACCUUAAAGAGACAUGAAUAGAAUUUUUUUUUUUUUUUCCCUAAAUGCACUCAAGGUAAGAUAUUCUUUGAAUAAUCUAGUAUUAAUAACCCAGCAGCUGCGCCCUGAUUCAUUCGAUGAGUACCAGAAAUUUUAGAUAUUUACUGUGGCUGCAAGAGCAUUAUGGAAUUUAAUUUUGUUAAAAUUGUCAUUAUAUUACAUAAAAAAAUGUACUUACAGUUUUUUAAGGGGGACACAUAGGGAGCCAGUAACUGUAUGAGAUACCUUAGACCCCCCAAGUGCCCCAUAACACUUACUGAAAAUGUUUCCCCUAUCCUGUGUUCAGCAUCUUCAGAUAGGAUCUUGGGCAGUUAAGAAAGUUAUUUUGAAAACUAAUAAAUAUUUCAAUUAUGUACUUAUUUGAUUUAGAUAAGCAUUUUAUGACGGAGAUAUUCUUAUUGUUUAUCCUCAUUCUAUGUACUUACUAGCACCUUUUAAUUUACUUGCAUUGUAAAGAAACCAUCCCAACUAUAGUACUAAAUACAUUUAGCAUAUCAUUUUAGAAUUUUAAUUAUCGUCUCCGGCUGACGUCUGUUUUGUUCUUUUGUUUUACAGGAGUAAAUGUUGAAACAAUACAUCAAAGGUGAGCCCACUCUUUUGAAAAUAAAAUCAAAUAAGUAUAACUAUUAUCCUAAUUCUCAUUUUUAAUGAAAGCUGUCACAUUUCAUAAAGAAAAAGUCAAAUGUAAAAUGCAUGUAACUAAAGAGUAGGCCAGAUUUUUUUACAAAGUGCAGUCCGUUAUGGAAGAUAUAAAAUAUAAUAGAGGAAUCAAAGGGGUCUUAAAGGACCACUCUAGGCACCCAGACCACUUCAGCUUAAUGAAGUGGUCUGGGUGCCAGGUCCAGCUAGGGUUAACCCAUUUUUUCAUAAUUAUAGCAGUUUCAGAGAAACUGCUAUAAUUAUGAAUGGGUUAAGCCUUCCCCCUAAUCCUCUAGUGGCUGUCUCAUUGACAGCCACUAGAGGCGCUUGCGAUGCUUCUCAUGAUGAUUUUCACAGUGAGAGCCGCAUAGCGUCUAUAAAGCAUUGUAAAUGCUUUCCUAUCGCGACGAGCUGAAUGCAGCAGCUCAGCACUCUUGGCGUCGCAUUCAACUUGUGAAGGCGGUCGAGGCCCGGAGAGGAGGAGGAGAGCUCUCCGCCCAGCGCUGGAAAAAGGUAAGUUUUUACCCCUUUCCCCCUUCCAGAGCCGGGCGGGAGGGGGUCCCUGAGGGUGGGAGCACCCUCAGGGCGCUAUAGUGCCAGGAAAACGAGUAUGUUUUCCUGGCACUAUAGUGGUCCUUUAAGAGAAAAAAAAAAUUCUAAAACUAUUGAGCACUGUAAUUCUAAUGAGGGGUUAAAAAUGUAAAGUUCUACACUUCUAGAUAUGUCUCAAUGGUACUUGCAACUGCAUGUCUUAAAGGACCACUCUAGGCACCCAGACCACUUCAGCUUAAUGAAGUGGUCUGGGUGCCAGGUCCUUCUAGGGUUAACCCAUUUUUUCAUAAACAUAGCAGUUUCAGAGAAACUGCUAUGUUUAUCAAUGGGUUAAGCCUUCCCCCACUUCCUCUGGUGGCUGUCUGUUGACAGCCACUAGAAAGCGAUGCUUCUCACUGUGAGUUUUCACAGUGAGCGCAUAGCGUCCAUAAGCAUUGUAAAUGCUUUUCUAUCGACGGCUGAAUCUUGUAGCGCAGCUCUUGCUAACGGCGAUGCGCUGCGUCCUUUGGCGAAGAAGAGAGAGGAAAGCUGAGAUCCGGUGAGAGAGGAGGAGAGCUCUCCGCCCAGCGCUGAAAAAGGUAAGUUUUACCUUUCCCCCCUUCCAGAGCGAGGUAGGGAGGGGUCCCUGAGGGUGGGGAACUUACCUCGAAGCUAUAGGCAGAUGCCAGGAAGCAGUAUGUUUUCCUGGCACUAUAAUGAUCGCUAAGAAAAAAAAUUCUAAAACUAUUGAGCACUGUAAUUCCUAAUGAGGGUUAAAAAUGUAAAGUUCUACACUUCUAGAUAUGUCUCAAUGGUACUUGCAACUGCAUCUUAAGGACCACUCUAGGCACCCAGACCACUUCAGCUUAAUGAAGUGGUCUGGGUGCCAGGUCCAGCUAGAGUUAACCCAUUUUUCAUAAACAUAGCAGUUUCAGAGAAACUGCUAUGUUUAUGAAUGGGUUAAGCCUUCCCCUAUUUCCUCUAGUGGCUGUCUCAUUGACAGCCACUAGAGGCGCUUGCGUGCUUCUCACUGUGAUUUUCACAGUGAGAGCACUCCAGCGUCCAUAGGAAAGCAUUAUGAAUGCUUUCCUAUGUGACCGGCUGAAUCUUGUAGCGCAGCUGCUUGCGAGCGGCGGCAUUCAACCCGGCAGAGGAUGAGGAGGAAGCAGAGAGCUCCCCGCCCAGCGCUGGAAAAAGGUAAGCUCCCCUUUCCAGAGCCGGGCGGGAGGGGGACCCUGAGGGUGGGGGCACCCUCAGGGCACUAUAGUUCCAGGAAAACGAGUAUGUUUUCCUGGCACUAUAGUGGUCCUUUAAGUGUCCAUGAUAUACUCACCAGACAUACAGUUCUACAUGCCAAGGCUGAAUUUUUAAUCGCCAAUUGCUAGUGGAAAUUUUUAACUCUACUCCAUGAACAGAGCUUCUGGCUCCAUUGCUUCUUAGCAAAAAGCCUUGCUAGUGGAGUGGUUCUCAAUCAUGUUUGAGUCCCAAAUUACACAAUGACAUUACAGUGGUGACCUAAUUAGACCAUUUGCUCAGUGACCCAUUCUUCAGCUGCAAUAUAAGGCACAAUUAUAUUUUACAAAACAUCUUCUUUUUACUAUUCCCAGUGUUCGCUGUGUCUGCAAAACACUCAUAGGUCCAAGCACUAUGACCUCUUCAGUGACUUGAAGUGAUCAUGGUGCUUGGAGUCUGUAUGUUCAGUGUUUUGCUAUGAAACACUGCACAUAAAGAAUUUUGCUGGCAGAGAUGUAACUCCAACUUCGGCAGUUUCUUUCUGGAAUUAUUAGCCGGACCGGAACAAGAGUGCCAGGAAGGCUAAUGUCUGUUUGGUGCAUAAAAGGCAUCUGACAUCAGCAUGCUGGCGACAGUCGUCUAGUGGUGGCAUGGCCACUCUGUGCAGCCCAUGUCCCUCAAUCUGUUCUCACUGUGCAUUUCUCCACAGAGAGGGAGAGUGCUGUCCGCAUAGGAGGAUCGGGCUGCUGAGAGAACUUGCAUUUAUCUACGGCACUGCGCCGUAGUAAAGUUUCAGUUUAUUUAAUUUUUCUUAAAGUGGGGGUGGGAGAAUGGUUACACUAACCAAAAGCAGUCUAAUUUUAAAAGUAGUAAGGCUAAAAGUAACAAUUUAUUGUAGGCACUUGCUGUGGUAUGUUCAAUAUAAUGUGCCUCUCCCAAACAUCAGUUACCCACUGAUAUAGCUCAUUGGCCCCUAUGUUGCAUCCUGGCUUAGAGGGAACCAUUGUUUAAGUGACAAGCUGGUACCGUUGUCUAAGAUUCAAACAAAGAAAGCGCACUUCGAAACUGAAACAUUCUCCUUGUGCUCCAGAAUUCUGAGGGAAAAAGAGCCAAAAUACUCUGCGGUAUUAUACAGACAAAUCCAGGUACACAGGCAUUAUUAAAAGUAGGACUGUCAGGAUUACUGUUUGAUCGAGCAUGUAGAACUGUAUAGCACGGAUGACAAAUAAGCAACGUAUUACCGGUCCUUAGAAUGGCCGGAUUUAAUGUACAUAGAAUAGUCAAAAAUACUAGCUGAGCUCAGGGAACACAGAAAGAGACGCAGCGAUGAGGAAAGCCAGUAGUCAGGAUACAAGAAUAUAGAGACGUCAAUAAACAAAGCCAAAGUCAAAAACCAGGUAGAAAACUAUAAACAGGAACGCACUCUCGGACAACCACAAGGGAAACCACGACAGGGCACUGAGCAGGAUGAGAACUGGGCCUAAAUACCCCUCCUCUAGAUCUGAUAGGCUGUAACCGGCCUUUGACCCCAAAGUCAGUUACCAGGUUUCAUUUGCAUAAUUGCUGCUCAGCAUUAAUCCUUCUGUGGCUUAGGUUGCUGCUCAGCACAACUUUUCCUGUGUGGACAGUAAAUGUUAUUAACCACAUUUAUAUAAGCGGAUGAAUACGUGACAAGAACAACCCAUAUUAAAAGGAGUACAACCUAUAGGAAACAUUUGGGUUCACCCUGGUGCCUUUAGCAAAGGGAGAUGUGACUAGGGCUGCAAGGGCAUAAUUUAUCACUAAAACCUCUUCAUUAAAGGACCACUAUAGUGCCAGGAAAACAUACUCGUUUUCCUGGCACUAUAGUGCCCUGAGGGUGCCCCCACCCUCAGGGACCCCCUCCCGCCCUGCUCUGGAAAGGGGAAAAGGGGUUAAACUUACCUUUUUCCAGCACUGGGCGGGGAGCUCUCCUCCUCCGUUCCUCCUCCUGGGCUGAAUGCGCACGCGCGGCAAGAGCUGCGCGCGCAUUCAGCCGGUCACAUAGGAAAGCAUUCAUAAUGCUUUCCUAUGGACGCUUGCGUGCUCUCACUGUGAAAAUCACAGUGAGAAGCACGCAAGCGCCUCUAAUGGCUGUCAAUGAGACAGCCACUAGAGGAUUAGGGGAAGGCUUAACCCAUUCAUAAACAUAGCAGUUUCUCUGAAACUGCUAUGUUUAUGAAAAAAAGGGUUAACCCUAGCUGGACCUGGCACCCAGACCACUUCAUUAAGCUGAAGUGGUCUGGGUGCCUAGAGUGGUCCUUUAAGCUAUUAAUGUAGACUAAUAUUUUUUCCAGUUAUGAAUGUAGUGGUUGAACCACAGAGAAGAAAACCACAGAAGAGUGUUAAGUUAGCACCAGGAACCACUAGUCCAGAACUGAAUAUGUUAAAGUAAAUCUCCUAGAUAUUUUAUAUAGUAGUUCCAUUCAUCAUAAGUUAUUCAGUCAGUGUUGUGGCAAAAUCUAAAUUAUUUUUUUUUAACCUAUUUUAUAGGGAAUCCGAUUGUUGUUUUCUUGGAAGACCAUGGAGGAUUGUUGAUGGAAGCUUAAAUAAGCCUGUAUGCAAAGGGAUGCUGGAAGCUGUUUUGUACCACAUAAUGAGCAAGCCUGGUAUAACGGAGGCUCACCUACUUCAGCAUUACAGUGGUGUUCUUCAGCCUGUUGUUGUACUGGAAUUAUUACAGGUAUUUUGUUGUACAGGAACAAAUAAACCAUAGCCUGAACUAUCUAUCUAAUUGGGUGUUAAAUUAGCAGGGCAUUACAUCAUGGAGGGAAGCCGCAUAGUUACAGUUUUAUAACAAAUAGACUGGGAAAACUGUAGAUUUUAAACCCCUCCCCUUGUAUGAAAUAUAUAUAUUCUUUGCCCCAUCUUAUUUAUCCACUUUCAUAGAGACAUAUUUUCAUAGUGGCCCUGCUUCAUAGGCGUGCGCACGGGGUGUGCCGGGGGUGCCUGGACACACCCUAAUCAAGCCUCCAUGCUGCACUGCUGGCGAUUUAGGUGGCCUUGCGGCCACCUAAAUCACCUUAAAGCAGACUAACAUGUCAGGUCCGAGGACCCAACACAGGAAGGGAGAGAGCCAACCUUCAGUCUGCAGCUCCGCUGGGAGUGAGCUGCAGACUGAGGUGUCUCGCCAUCUCCAGCCUGUCAGAGCGUUGCUGCGGGUUACUACGGCAACUCUCUGACUAGAUAUAGCCAGACUCACCAUGUGGUCUGCAGCUCACUCCCGGCGGAGCUGCAGACUGAAGAGAGAGGGCGCCCACUGGACCACCAGGGAAGGUAUUUAUGAACCCCCCUCUACCCUCUGUCACUGCACCCCACCCUUUGUAACUGCUCCUCCAACCUCCCCACCCACUGCCACUGCUUCUCCACCCCUAACCCCCUGUCACUGCCCCUCCAUCCUCCCUAAGCCCUGUCACUGCCCCUCCACCUCCCACCCUUUGUCACUGCUCCUCCACCCCCUGUCACUGCCCCUCCAACCCCCCUACCCACUGCCACUGCUUCUCCACCCCUUACCUACUGUCACUGCCCCUCCACCCAACCUACCCCCUAUCACUGCCCUUCCACCCCCCCACUCCCUGUCACUGCCCCUCCAGCCCCCACCCCCUGUCACUGCCCCUCCAUCCUCCAUAAGCCCUGUCACUGCCCCUCCACCUCCCUCUACCCCCUGUCACUGCCCCUCCCCCUACAGUGCCACCGGACCACCAGGGAAUAUGCUGACCACCCCUCCUCCCUGGAUGCAGGUAAGAAACACUUUAAAAAUAUAUUAAAAUAAGUAUAAUGAAAUUAAAUAGCUGCUCCCCUCUCAGACCCCUAUCCUAGCCUGCAAAGCUACUCUCACACUACAACCCACCCCUCACAAUUACUCACACACAAACACUGUAACCCACACACACUGUACCCUUCACAAUUACACACACUGUACCCGCACACACUAUACCUUUCGGAAUUACGCACACACUGUACCUCUCGCAAUCACACACACUGUACCCGUUGAAAUCACACACACACUGUAUCUCUUACACACUGCACCCCUUACAUGCUGCACCCCUCACAAUCACACACACUGCACCUAUGUGUAUUUGUGUGUAUGUAUGUGUAUAUAUAUAUAUAUAUAUAUAUAUAUAUAUGUGUGUAUGUAUAUAUAAAAACAUAUACACGUGGCGUGUGUGUUUGUGCUUUAGGGUGCACACCCUAAUGCAAUAGGCUGCGCAUGCCUAUGCCAUGCUUUUAAUUCAUUUGCAUUGAACAUUUGCACAGUUGUGCUCUAAAGUUUGCAUAUCCUUGGAGAAUUGGUAAUAUAUGUAUCAUGAGUGAGCAGGCAAAACACAUUUCUUUUAUUUCUUAUGGGAUUCAUAUUCAACUGUAGGUUAUAACAAAAUGUCAGUCGUAAAACAAAACAUGGCAACAAAGAAAACAAUUAAAUGACCCCUGUUCAAAAGUCUGCACACCCUUAGUUUUACUGUGUAUUGCCCCUUUAGCAUCAAUGACAGCGUGCAGUCUUUUGUAAUAGUUGUGUAAGAGGCCCCUAAUUCUUGCACGUUCGUAACCGUGCCUUUAUAGCUGACACACCCCCAAAACUUCAGUGAGCCACACCAUGCUUCACAGUAGGGAUGGUAUUCUUUUCACUAUAGACCUUGUUCACCCCUCUCCAAACAUAGCGCUUAUGGUUGUGACCAUAAAGAUCUAUAUUGGUUUUGUCACUCCAAAUUACAGUGUGCCAUAAGGUGUGGGCGCGUCAAGGUGUUGUCGGGCAUAUUGUAGGCUGGCUUUUUUGUGGCAUUGCCACGGUAAAGGCUUUUUUCUGGCUACUCGACCAUGCAGCUAAUUUUUGUUCGUCUAUCGUUGUAUUGUGCUCCUUGAAACAACCACACCAUCUUUUUCCAGAGGAACCUGUAUUUCUUCUGAGGUUACCUAUGGGUUUUUCUUUGUUUCCCAAACAAUUCUUCUGGCAGUUGUGGCUAAAAAUCUUUCUUGGUAUUCCUGACCUUGGCUUGGUAUCAAGCGAUCCCAAAUUUUCCACUUCUUAAUUUUAAUGGUUCUUUUCUGCUCCCCAUGGCUCAGUAUCUAGCCUGCUCAGUGUAUCCACGUGAGAGCUCACAAACUCAUUAACUAUUCAUACACAGACACUAAUUGCAAUUUAAAAGCCACGUGUGUGGGAAAUUAACCUUUAAUUGCCAUUUUAACCUGUGUGUGUCACCGUGUGUGUCUGUAACAAGGUUAAACAUUCAAGGGUAUGUAAACUUUUGAUCAGGGCCAUAAAAAGGAGCCAAACAACUAUGUGAUAAUAAAUGGCUUCAUAUGAUCACGAACGUUCAUUACAAGACUUUUUUUUGCAUGAUCAGUCAUAUUUUCAAAAUUACUGCCAAAAUUUCACAAUUUCUGCCAGGGUAUGCAAACGUUUGAGCACAACUGUAUACUAUACCUCAUAACACUGAAUUAUGGCUUAACCUACAAGGUAUACACAUGUGAAAUGAAAAGAAACUAAAAAUAUUAGAGAUUCGUCUGGGUUGCCCGUCUGUGGUGUCGAAUCAGGCCGCAGGGGGAAUUUUCCCCUAUUCUCCUUAAUGUGCUGGCUGUCACUGCUGCCACAGCAUUUUAUUAUGGGAGAAAAGUUUGUUUUGUUUUUUACCCUGGCAUUGAGUUGCACAUGCCAGUGCAAGCAGCCAACCCCAUGUCAGUCCAUCAGUAAGCUCCUUCUUUACAGGGGAAGGUAUGACAGGUCACAGCAGCCAUCCAUUACAGGAAGGGAAGCAGAUCCAUGUAUCUUGCUGAUGUAAUAUUGGCUUUGUUGUUUAUGGCUGUAUGUACUGUUGGUAGCGUGUGUAUGGCUUUUUAUAUUGGAUAAUGUGUGUGUUUGGCUGUAUGUAUUAGGCAACAUGUAUAUAGAUGUAUGAUCUAGGUGUGUUUGUGUAUUGGGCCGUGUCUCUGUUUCCUAACUGUCUACCUAGUCUGUCUGCUUUCUCAGAAUGCCUCCCCAGGUCCUUCUCUUUUCCCUAAAUUUCUCCCUAGUCCAUAUCCUUUCCCUAAAUUUCUUGCCAGUCUGUCUACUUUCCUUAAAUAUCUUCCCAGUCUCCCAGACAUUUUUUCACUAAAUAUCUCACUUAAGCAAGAACAGGCAAGCAGACACUUUCUAUACUCUAACUAGUUAUUUUUAAUAUAUUUUAAAACUUAUGUGAAAAUAGCAGAGUUGGAGACUUUAUCCAAUUCUUUCAUUUUGGCCUAAAUGUUGCAAGAAUUUUUUAGCUCACUAUUUAAUGACAAGACAAGGAAGAUUGAGAUAAAGGAAAAUGACAAGAGAUACUGACAUGGUUAGUCACUAAAGUGAAUUCAAAGUGAUUGUAACAUUUAGUGUUAAAGUAGCUAAACUUAGCCGACUAUUUUAAGCUUAUAACUCUUACUUUAGUGAAUAUCCCUGUAAGAAUAAAAAGAGACUGUCUGGAUAGAAUCAGUGAAGUAGACUGAGCCAAAAAAGCUUGACCUUAGAGAGUGCAAUGUAGGGUAAGAAGGAAUGGAAGGGAGGUGGGGGAUGAAAACUGUUGACAGAGGGAAUACACUGCUUGUUAAGAGAAACAAAUUGACGACCCGCCUAAAAUACGUGAUUUAAAAAAAAAAAAAACAGACAGAUGGCAAUAUUAGAUAUCAUGGGAUCAUCUCAACUAAAACCAGGCCAGAGACAAAAAUCCCUUUGAGCUAAUAUGUGGCCCAGGUAGUGGCCAUAGAUGCCCACUAUCCAAAAUAUAUCACAUACUCCAAGCAGGCUUAUGAAGCAACAUAAGGUUUCCUAUAAGCAGAAAUGGAUGUGAGGUUUACACAUUCACAUGACAGAUAGGGAUUGAACACAUAUCCUUAAAACAGGGAUGUAAACCCCACUCAGUAUCUCCAAAAAGGUGGCCUUCUAUAAAAAGAUCACCAGAUGGUAUAGGAUCCCAGUCCUAUACCUACUGACCAACGGUCAGCGACAAAUGUUGGAGAUGUGACAAUGAGCAGGGGGAUGUGGAACACAUAUGGUGGUUCUGCAAGCACAUUAGGCCAUACUGGGAACAAAUACUUUCAGUCAUAGAAAAGCUUGUCCCAUUGAAAGCCCAAUUAAUCCCAUCUCAAGUUCUGCUAGGGUGGCCCAACUCUUUCUGAGAUAAAUAUAGGCAGCAACUACUGAACCUACUGCUAGAAGAGGCGAAUGCAUAAUCCCGGUCCACUGGCAUCAGACUCAGAUACCAACUAGGGAACAAUGUGUACAUAGAGUAGAAAACAUGAGGGACUUGGAGAUAUACAUUGAUCGGUACAAGGUUAAAGAAACAAAUAUUUACUAGUGUGGAAACCUUGGAUAAAAUACUGGCUACAAACUGAUUGAUCGGUAGAAGACAGAGGCCCAGAAACCCGAGACACUUGCACCGCCUAAAGAUGGCAAUGCCACAUACUUACCACACCUAUGAAUCCCACAGAGAGGAGACCCAGACUAGAGAAUGAGUACUUGGCUGAACACAUAGGCACUAGUACAUCUAUAGUGGACAAAAUAGAAUGUGAUCCUGUGUUUGUGAGGCGCUUAUACGUAUAUACUAUGAACAGAUGGAAUUAAAAGCUGCUAACACAGUAUAGUAGGAACUCUCCACCCUACUUAAAUGAAUAAAAGAAUAGUACACUAUUAUACCAACUGGUGUAAAACAUAGUGCGGAGUGUGUAGUGCUGAAUAGAAUCAACACUUACCUCUAAGGGUUACAAGUAUUAUAAUACAGAAAUCCCUAUAGGGGAACAAAAUAUAGUGCAAUAAGUGGUGUGAAUAAUUCCAAGAGGGAUCCACUCACAUGAUACAGAGCCUCUUGAGGACCGGCUCUGAUCUCUUCCACUUUUGUGUACUAAGGGUGAGAGAGCGCACAUAGCCAAUACCCACACACAACGCCAUCCGUGAUUGGAUGUAACACGAAAGACACACUGCAACCCCUCCCAUCCAGGAAAUAUAAACAAAGACCGGCAGCAUGGACAUUACCGAUUGAAAAAGCUGAGCAAGAUCAGUGAAACGCGUCUGACAUUUUCGGACAGUUGGACCUGUCUGUAUAGAUAUAUUUUUUUUUUAUUUUUUUUUUAUUUAUUCUUUAAAUAAAUCUGUACCUAUUUUUAAAUAAGUCUGGAGAUUCAUCCAUGCUGCUAUAAAGAAGGGUUGUGACACCCUGAAUUGCCACAUUUGCUGAUACACUCAGAGCCAAGUCAAGGGCUCUGAAUAAGGUGAGAAGCUAACUUUAUUUCCUUUUUAAAUAUUCUAUUGAGGAUUCCUAUACCAGGGUUAGCUUUGCUUCCUUGUUCUCUUCCAUUUAUGUUUCCUAUAUUGAGGUCUUCACCUCAUAUGGAUGCCAUAGGUGUGUGUCACCUUUAAGUACACAAAAGUAGAAGAGAUCAGAGAUGGGCCUCAAGAGGCUCUGUAUCAUGUGAGUGGAUCCCUCUUGGAAUUAUUCACACCACUUAUUGCACUAUUAUAUUGCACCAUAUUUUGUUUAUUUUGUUCCCCUAUAGGGAUUUCUGUAUUAUAAUACUUGUAACCCUUAGGGGUAAGUGUUGAUUCUAUUAAGCGCUACACACUCCGCACUAUUUUUUACACCAGUUGGUAUAAUAGUGUACAAUUCUUUUACUAGUACAUCUAUGAACACACCAUACUUCUAGAUAGUAGACAAUGAGAUCACAGAAGCAUGUAACCCGCAGGAUAUUUACCUUCCCCCCUUUGCUGAUUUACUCCCAUUCUUGAGUUCAAUUCCCACUUAAUUACAGGGCGAAAAUCACUGACUGAUAGACUUGGUUGACUCAAGUUGCUUGUACAUAUAGAACUUAUGUAGCUGCACGAUAGACCUACACGCAAAGCUGGGGUCCAGGGAAGCACACCCUUAGUUACCAUGGGCCAAGUGGAUGAUGCCUCCACAAAGGGUUCAGUAGGCAGUCUCUCCACCCACAAUAGAACAGGACCCGGCUGUAGUAAGACAGACGAGGUAGCAUAAGCAGAAUAAAAAGAAAAUCAAAUUGGUUUUCCUAUCACCCCAACCAACCAAUAAACUGGAGGUAGGAUCAGGAAAAUAGGUCAGGACGGUGGUACCAGCUCCACCUAAAUAUGGGCUUGUACCCGGGAAUUGAAUAUGAAAGACAGAAAUAACUAAAUUGGGAGGGCACCCUCAAGGAGGUCCCUCAAGUAACUGAUAUAAAUAAUAAAUACACCAUGAAUGCAAUAUCUCUUGGAGAAUUCUUGAAAGGUAUAUAGAAUAUAAGCAAUAAAAAAUUCUAGUAUCUCUAACAAAUCAAAAAGUAUCUUAGGGCAAAAAGUGAUACAUAUAGGGGCAAAUAAGCUUUAUUAACAUCAUAAUGCCCAAAAGAAACUAAAAUGUAAACGAUGGCUGAAUAAAAUACAAACUAUAUCCCCCCCUUAAUUGUCUAAACUGGGAGUAAGUUUGUAGCAAUCCACAAUCAUCAGUACGAUCUGCACAACCGGGAAUAAAGCUUGUUAUUAUAAGGGAAACUGAUCAAUGUCUUGAUCUAAAGAUCCAAUGAACUAAAUCUGCUAUGAUUAUACGGAGCUACUGCAAUAGACACCGCUAGACUUGUUCCCUGUAAACUCCUAGAAACACCUUCGUGGGUGUUCUAUGCUAAAGCUGUUCUUAAACCCGGUGUCUACAUCAGCCCUCGAUGAAGUACUAGAUAAUGCUUAGACUAUAUACAUCAACAAAACUACUCACUACAAAAAAGUGAAAAAUAAAAGAUAAAAAACAAAAACAAAUCCCUUCAAGUGCAUAGUGCUAAGUGAAGUGAAGUGAUAAAGAGCUGAAACGCCCGACGCGCGUUUCGGAGUGCGAGGACUCCUUCGUCAGGGGCUAAGAAGCUCCCGCCCAAACAUCCCCAGUAUUUAAAUACAUCAGUAGCCAAUCAAUGUUCAGAUAAUACUAACGUCAGACAAUGUUGAAAUUGCAUCCACGUGGGGCUUUCACACUAGCCAAUCAAUGCACUGACCGUACCAUGUCAUUAGUGACGUUGUCAGAGCCCCCCACGUGGGAUGUCAAUUUCUCUUAACAUAGGAAAAUUGACAGUAUGAGUGACCAAUUAGAAUCUCUCUCUUCACUAAUGGUCACGAAAAAACAAGAAAUAGUAAUAUCGGCUAGUAAAUGAACUAUGUAGAAGUUACAAUGGAGCAAAGUAUCGAUACCUUAGUCCGUCCUAAUUAUUUUUAUAUCAUUGCAAAUGCUUCCAAAGACAUCUCAAAACAUUGAUCAUCAGUUUGCCCAAUAGUUAUAAUUCUUACAAAAGGGAGAUGAUAUCCAUAAAAAUAAUUACCUAUGAUGAAUGAAGAUGUAAUAUGGCAGAAGUAAUUCAUAAAUUAACUGUAUAUCGAUGUCUUCAUAAUAUUAACGAUCGUAAGCCUCCGGUAUAAACUAAGGGUUACUGGAGACGUCUGUCUCCAGACAUGUUAAGAUAGCCCACAAUGGGGACCCUACAGUUCUAAAAUUUCUGGGCAUUGAAUUGAUUAAACCAGACCAGAGGAAGGGCAAUUGGGACCAACGCCUGAGAAGACGUGAAUGUUAUUGGAUUUAUCGUUUGAAAACAUUGUCCCCGAGGGGCCUUAAUGAGGGCUUCUCAUAUUCUUCAUUUAUUUAAAAGUCUCUCUAAUAUUUUUAUUUUGUACACCUCCAUAUCUUGGUUAGUCUUUCUUUCUUGAUAGUUGAUUCUAGCGUCUCGUUAAUUCUUCACUGUUAUUCACCGAUGAUAAGCAUUAUAUGAUAAUGAAACCAGUUGCCCUCCCCCCCCCUUCCUUUUUCUUUUUACACACUAUAUAGCCGUCAUUACACAUAACUGUUGAGGAAAAUACUUUCCUUUAUUUGAAAGUGAACUAUGUACUUACAAUGGAAUAAUUAUGGUAAUCUUUGAAUCCAUCAUGUUGUCUUAUUAUAUGUUUUUUUCCUUAAAAGAAUUAUCGAUACUGUCUUAUGAGCUUUUGGUCACAUAGUAUGUUGUAUUGUGCAGCUGCUCUUCAAUAACCAUUGACAUUAUUUUUCGACUUCUCUGUCAUAUGUUAUGUAGUUGUUUUCAGCACAUAAAUGUGGCAGUGAAUAUUCUCUCUUCAUUUUAAAGUAAACCAUAUAUUGGCUAUUGCAACUAGAUAGUUGAAAUUGCACAAUUAUAGCAAUUUAUAAAUUGAAUUUGCCGUUUAUUAUAUGGUUCUCCCUUUUUAAAAAAAAAUUAUCGAUAUCCCUUUGUGAUCCUUUGCUUAUGCAUUAUAUAAUUAUUAACAGCGCAUAACUGUUGCGGCAAAUAUCCUUUUUAUUCUAAUAGCGAAUUAUAUUUUCGCAAUUGAAAUUACAUAUACGUUAAAAUUGUACAGCUAUGGCAAAUUAGAAACCCACUAUGCUAUUCUAUCAGAUGUUCCCUUCGUUCUAUAAAAAUUAUGGAUACUCCCUGGUAACCCUUAGUUUAUACCUGAGGCUUAUGAUCGUUAAUAUUAUGAAGACAUCGAUAUACAGUUAAUUUAUGAAUUACUUCUGCCAUAUUACAUCUUCAUUCAUCAUAGGUAAUUAUUUAUUUUUAUGGAUAUCAUCUCCCUUUUGUAAUAAUUAUAACUAUUGGGCAAACUGAUGAUCAAUGUUUUGAGAUGUCUUUGGAAGCAUUUGCAAUGAUAUAAAAAUAAUUAGGACGGACUAAGGUAUCGAUACUUUGCUCCAUUGUAACUUCUACAUAGUUCAUUUACUAGCUGAUAUUACUAUUUCUUGUUUUUUCGUGACCAUUAGUGAAGAGAGAGAUUCUAAUUGGUCACUCAUACUGUCAAUUUUCCUAUGUUAAGAGAAAUUGACAUCCCACGUGGGGGGCUCUGACAACGUCACUAAUGACAUGGUACGGUCAGUGCAUUGAUUGGCUAGUGUGAAAGCCCCACGUGGAUGCAAUUUCAACAAUGUCUGACGUUAGUAUUAUCUGAACAUUGAUUGGCUACUGAUGUAUUUAAAUACUGGGGAUGUUUGGGCGGGAGCUUCUUAGCCCCUGACGAAGGAGUCCUCGCACUCCGAAACGCGCGUCGGGCGUUUCAGCUCUUUAUCACUUCACUUCACUUAGCACUAUGCACUUGAAGGGAUUUGUUUUUGUUUUUUAUCUUUUAUUUUUCACUUUUUUGUAGUGAGUAGUUUUGUUGAUGUAUAUAGUCUAAGCAUUAUCUAGUACUUCAUCGAGGGCUGAUGUAGACACCGGGUUUAAGAACAGCUUUAGCAUAGAACACCCACGAAGGUGUUUCUAGGAGUUUACAGGGAACAAGUCUAGCGGUGUCUAUUGCAGUAGCUCCGUAUAAUCAUAGCAGAUUUAGUUCAUUGGAUCUUUAGAUCAAGACAUUGAUCAGUUUCCCUUAUAAUAACAAGCUUUAUUCCCGGUUGUGCAGAUCGUACUGAUGAUUGUGGAUUGCUACAAACUUACUCCCAGUUUAGACAAUUAAGGGGGGGAUAUAGUUUGUAUCUUAUUCAGCCAUCGUUUACAUUUUAGUUUCUUUUGGGCAUUCUGAUGUUAAUAAAGCUUAUUUGCCCCUUUAUUUAUCACUUUUUGCCCUAAGAUACUUUUUGAUUUGUUAGAGAUACUAGAAUUUUUUAUUGCUUAUAUUCUAUAUACCUUUCAAGAAUUCUCCAAGAGAUAUUGCAUUCAUGGUGUAUUUAUUAUUUAUAUCAGUUACUUGAGGGACCUCCUUGAGGGUGCCCUCCCAAUUUAGUUAUUUCUGUCUUUCAGCAUAAGCAGAAUAAGCUGUAUGGUAAUUAACAUUGUCUAUCAGGCCCGGACUGGCCAUCGGGCAUACCGGGCAAAUGCCCGGUGGGCCGCGAUGGCCGUGGGGCCGAGGCCGGCAGGGGAGAUCACAGGAUCUCCCCUGCCAGCCCGUGCAGGGCCAGCGCUACCCGAGCGCCGGCCCUGCUAUGUGCCUCCGUGGGCCGGUGGGGAGAUCAAAGAUCUCCCCACCGGCCCAGAAGCAUGGAAAUGCGGCCGCCGGCUGGGGAGGGAGGGAGGCAGGAGAGAGGACCCGGCGGAGCUCUAACAAGCAGCUCCGCCGGGUCCUUUCGCGGGAUUCUGAGCGUUGCCGUGGCAACGCUCAGAUCUCGCGAGAGUGAACUCUAACCUGCCUCCGUGGGCCGGUGGGGAGAUCAAAGAUCUCCCCACCGGCCCAGAAGCAUGGAAAUGCGGCCGCCGGCUGGGGAGGGAGGGAGGCAGGAGAGAGGACCCGGCGGAGCUCUAACAAGCAGGUUAGAGUUCACUCUCACCACUGGACCACCAGGGAAGGCAGCAUGGCUCCCCACCCCCCAGGGAGAACGCAUCUCCACACCCCCCCCCCCAGGAUAGAGGGGGGAAUAAUUUUUAUUUUUAUUAUUACAUUAUUUUUAAUUAUUUUAUUAUUAAAUUUAAAUAAAAAAAUACAUUCACCCAGACACAGCCCCCAGACACAGCACCCCCCCAGACACAGCACCCAGACACAGCACCCCCCAGACAGACACAGCACCCCCCAGACAGACACAGCACCCCCCCAGACACACACAGCACCCAAACACACACAGCACCCAGACAGACACAGCACCCAGACAGACACAGCACCCCCCAGACACACACAGCACCCCCAGACACACACAGCACCCCCAGACACACGACACACAGCAGCCCCCAGACACACACAGCGCCCCCCAGACACACACCCCAGCAUAGACACACACACACUACACCCGCAGACACACACUACACCGCGGGCACACUGCACCCAGACACACACUGCACCCAGACACACACUGCACCCAGACACACCCCCAGACACACACAGCACACACUGCACCCAGACAGCACCACACACACAGCACCCCCAGACUCACACAGCGCACCCAGACUCACACAGCGCACCCAGACACACACAGCGCACCCAGACACACACAGCACCCCCAGACACACACAGCACAGACAGCACCCCCUAGCACAGACACACACAGCACACUCAUAUAUAUAUACAUAUAUAUAUAUAUAUAUAUAUAAAAAAUAACCCUCAGUGAGUUAACAGACAAAGAAAAUUAGAAACCUAGAAUGUGACAGCAGAUAAAAACACCCUCACACACAGCACCCCUCUUACAUACACACACUACGCCCCUCACACAUACAAUAAGUCCAAAUAUAUAUAUAUAUAUAUAUACAUACAUACACACACACACACACACACACACACUACAGCACCCCUCACAAUGCACCACUACACACAUUACGCUCCAGAUACACACUAGAUCCCUUACUCUAUAUGCACUCUUUAUCCUCUAUACACACACACACACACACACACGGGUCCUUUACACAGUAGAUCUCCUACACACACACACUACAUUCCUUGUCAGCAAACACAUACAACAUUCUCUAAACACACCCUCUCUGCAACCCCUACACACACUACGUCACCUAUACACACACACUUCAGCCCGUAUGCACACACUCGCUGCAUCCCCUAUAAAACUAUGCCCCCUAUACACACACUCUCUACAGCCCCUAGCCACACAUAUUACACCACAAACACAAAUUAAAUUGACCUAUUUAUACAAUACCACACCACACUCUACACACAGGCAAUCCCACAAGCAGGCUCCAAACACAUGCACCAUACACUUUCCUGGCCCUUUUGUCCUCUGGUAUCCCACUUGUGGAGACAUCAGAGACAAUUUAAAAGCAAGCACCGCACAAGCAUGUUAUUACAUUUGCUUGCGCAGCGCAGAACAAAUUCAGGGCCUUUUUCUAAUGCCAGAGCUCUUCAGCAGGGCUCUGGGCAUUGAACCAACAUGCUCACUUUGAGAGGGGGCGUGUUGUCAUUAGUGAUGACAAAACACACACUAUUUGGCCCCGCCCCCUUCUUAGGGGGCCGCUCUGAUUGAAAAAUGCCCGGGCCUAAUUUUUUUCCCAGUCCGGCCCUGUUGUCUAUUACAGAUUUUAACUAAUGUCUAACUGCCCUGUGAUGUUACCCCUGUGAUACCCUUUUUCUGUCUAUAACCCCAUUAUUUUAUGCAUUUUUGAAACAAUAAAAACACUGAAAUGUAAAAAAAACUAAUUGGCAGUAUGGAGGAAAGGGAAAACUGACCAAAUUACAAAUUGAAAUCCAAAUGGCAAAAUUUAGGCCAAAAUAGCUGUUUUAUAAGAAGUCUUCAACUUGUCUAUGGUCAUAACUUAAUCAGUUUUUUCCUAAACUUUGCAAUUGUUUUUUCAAAUUACUGCAAUUCACAGUCUAGUGUUUAAACCUCUGAUGGAAUGUAAUUGCAUUCAUGAGGGGAUGCCAAAACCUCGUCACCUACUUAACCAAAAUAGAGUACCUUGAUCUCUCUUACUAUAAAUAAAGGUCUACCAUAUCUUGCUAGUGUAUUGUCAUAGUGGCUUCCUAAAUUCACUAUAAACUAACUCCAAUAAGAAGGGCUAAAUUGAAUCCAUCCUCCUUUAGUAUUUCUUUAACCUACUGAGUAACAUGUUGGUCUGCAUUCCUAAACAUAAACAGAUUCAAGUCCUGUCAUUUAAGUGAUUUUACUUACCUUUUUUUCCAGCGCUGCGCUUGUCUCACCACAGCUAGCUCUGCCUAGUUGGUUGAGACCAUCAAACUUGCUGAUCUCAGCCAAUCAAAUGCUUUCCCAUAGGAAACCAUUGGUAGGAUAUUGCGAUUGCACAGAAAAAUGCUGCGCUGCUUCAGUCAGCAUCUCCUCAUAGAGAUGAGCUGAAUCAGUGCAUCUCUGUGAGGAACGCUCUGCGUCUCCAUGCGGAGCAUUGAGAUGCUGAAUGUCUGUGCUGUGCAGCACUGGACUAGGAAGCACCUCUAGUGGCUGUCUGAGUGCCGCUGGAGGUGUUACUUGGCAAUAAUGUAAAUUUUAUAUUAAAAAGUCUGCAAGGACAGACUAUAGACACCAGGACAACUACAUUAAGUUGUAGUUGUUCUGGUGACUAUAAUGUCACUUUAAAUGUUCUGAUUUCACGCACAUCCCCGCUGCCCUCCCCCCCUUACAAACCUUUUCUUACAUAUUUAUUUCUUGAUUUUGUGCAGGUACUGGAACAUAUUGGAUGCAUAAAGAAGGAUUACAUUGAAAAACCUAGCAAGGUUUCCUUAUUUUCACAAUCUGUGGUUCCACAAAAGAUUCAGAAACCUAAAUUAUCAGAAGAUUCAAGCACAUUUUAUCAUUCUACCAUUGAUUGCACUUUAAGACUUGGUGGGAUUUUUCCAUCAGAAGCUAACUGGAACAAAUGGGUUUUAUAGAAUGUAUUUAAUUACUGUGAAAACAAAUGUAAAUUAUAUCAACACUGAAUUACUUAAUCAUUUGUAUUAUUUGUGUUCGUAACCUGUCAAUUUUUCUCAGUUUUUACUAUUAUGAUAUCUACAGUAUGUAACAUUUCAGAAUUGCUAUUUUUAUGUUACUUGUUGUGUAUACAAGUAUAUGUUGUAAUGGCC